AGCGCCCUUCCCUUCUGUUAAAGAAAAAUAGAAAAAGAAAAAGAAAAAGAAAAUGGGCUUCCCAUUCCCAGUUCCCACCUGGUUUCCCAGUCUACCUCGUUCCUCCUCGUGGACGCUCCGCCCCAGCACGCCAAGUCUCCAACCAGCCUGUGCUGCCUUGCGUUGCAAGGAAGAGCAGUUCCCCGCUCUGAUAUCCAUCAUCUCGAUCUGCUGCUCUUCCUCUCCUCGGCUGCUCCCCCGCUUCGUCUCUCUCCCACCCCGUCGGCUGCCUGGAUCGAUCCACCGGCGGCUUCCUGCGGAGCAGCGCAGGCCGCAAGGCGCCUCCGAAAAUCGGCUCUUCACCCUCCAUCAACUCAUGGACAAGGGUCACCCAGGGUACUCCAAGUACAUGAUCGACGCUAAGCUCCAGGAGCAGGGGUUCUUUGCUUCCCAGCACUGCGCCAACUGCGGCCAUGAGCUCCACCACAAGCCGAAGGACAUGGUUGGGUUUCCUGCCGGUGUCAAGUUCGAUCCGACGGACCAGGAGCUGAUUGAGCACCUUGAGUCCAAGGUGAUGAAGAGAGCUCACUCCCUCAUCGAUGACUUCAUACCCACCAUUGAGGGAGAAGAUGGCAUUUGCUACACCCAUCCAGAGAAACUCCCAGGUGUGACCAGAAAUGGCCAGAGCAAACACUUUUUCCACAGACCAUCAAAGGCCUACACCACAGGCACGAGGAAGAGGAGAAAGAUCCACGCAGAGACUGAGUUAUCCAACAGUAAAAAUGGUGCCGAGACGCGGUGGCACAAGACUGGCAAGACACGGCCGCUGAUGGUGUGCGGACAGCACAAGGGGUGCAAGAAGAUCCUAGUCUUGUACAUCAACUUCGGCAAGACACGAAAGGCAGAGAAGACUAAUUGGGUGAUGCACCAGUACCACCUCGGCGACCUAGAGGACGAGAAGGAAGGGGAGUUGAUUGUAUCAAAGGUCUUCUAUCAGACACAGCCACGGCAGACUGCCGCUGCCACAACAUCGACAGUAUUGCGUGAGCCUUCAACUAACGGCAAUAUGGAGGUAAAGAUGCCAAAGUCAAUGAAGAUUGGGCUCACUGAUCAUGCGGUUGCCGCUGCGGCUGCCAUCCAGAUGCAGCGACAGCAGCAGCAAUUGCUGAAGCAAGGUGAUGAGAUGAAAAAGGGAAAGGAGGGGCAGGACCAGCUGCAGCAGAAAUUUGACCACAGGCCUGCUGGCUUGGAAGGACUAAUAAUGGCCUGCAAAUCAGCAAGUACAAAAGAAGGAACUUCAACUACUCAGCCCGAAGAUGAGCAAUGGCCUUACCAGUACUAGCCGCCUGACAAGUGAUAACCAAGAUCAGCAUCGGUAACAUGGCAGUAAAACACUCAUUAAUUAUAAAGGACUCCGUAAGUACAUCAUUCAUUUAUGUCAGAACUAGUUAACUGCAAUUUGCAGAACCGAGAACUGUAUGUGAAUCAGAGGUCCAAGACGGGGUAGAGGAUAGUGAGACACGGACGAAACUUAGGGGAAGCCCUUGGUGUUGCAAAGCAAAGAUGAGGAAAAGUUGUAUUCUCGUGCUGAGUUCAGGUAGGCUGACCUACCUGAGAAAUCUGAAUAUGAUUUUCUCAGGGAAAUGGAAUCUAUAUGGUCGAACGCACCAUAGGUGAAGAUGAAAUCAACAUCACAAGUUAUUUAGAUGCAUGCUAAGAUUUUCUGAACUGUACACAAAGUAGUACUCGUAUAGGCUAUGUGGGUCUAUAUGCCAUUUGUUGCUAUGAAUAGUUGCCAUUUUCUUUUCAUAUUUCUGUAGUUGAUAACUAU